UUGAUGUCACAGAGGGAGGUUAGAGUUUCAGUGAAACCGGUCUGUACAUUAAUGUGUGUGGUUUUCAUUGUGUGUUUUCUGACCGUGUGCAUGGUUACUACAAGCUUCAAGACCCAGCUCUCCUAUAAUCUCCCUGCAUUAUUAUUUGUAUGUGGCCCGUGAUCUCCCUGUGGGUCAGCGUGUGUGUUUUAAAGAAGGAAUCGUUUUCUCUUCAGUCCUGGGCAGCGGUGGCGAGAUGGCUUGGGUUUUUGCCUAUCAGAGCUCCGAGGUGGACUGGUGUGAGGAUAAUUACCAGCACUACGACACUGUGGCCGAGUUCUACAACACGGUCAGCAAUGUGAGCUUCUUCAUCUUCUCCCCGAUCAUGAUGUACCUGCUGCACCCCUACGCCCGGGAGAGGACCAGGGCAGUGCACCUCGUCUGGCUCAUGAUGAUGGCCAUAGGUGUGUUUUCCGCAUACUAUCACAUGACUCUCAGCUACAUGGGUCAGCUACUGGACGAGCUCUCCAUCCUUUGGGUCCUAGCCAUUGGCUACACACUGUGGUUUCCACGGCGACUCUUCCCAGCAUUCAUUAGGAGCAGAAGUCAGUUUGCAUGCCUGGUGUUCUUGGCAGCCACCAUCAGCACCCUGUCCUCCUUCGCCAAGCCCACCAUCAACGCUUACGCACUCAACUGUGUGUCUCUGCACAUUCUCUACAUCCUGCAGCUUGAGCUCAGGAGCUGCAGUGACCCGCGGAUCCACAGGCUCGCCCUGGUCACUGUGGCCUGGUGGGCUUUAGCCAUCUCCUGCUGGCUGAGCGACCGGUUUCUGUGCAGCUUCUGGAAGAGAAUCCACUUCUGCUACCUGCACAGCUUCUGGCACAUUCUCAUCUCGGUGGCCUCUGCUCACGGCAGUGCCCUCUUUGCUUACUUCGAUGCCCAGUCCGAGAUCCCAGAGGCCAAGCCUGAGCUGCGUUACUGGCCAGAGAACCGCUGGAACCUGGGAAUGCCGUACCUGUCUGUGAGGGAGGGGUCCACACAGCGGAAACAGUGCUGAUCUUCCCUGCUGGACGGGGGGCACUCACACACGUCCUGUCUGAAACAAGAGGCGGGCAAAAUCAACCUUACCCAAAUUGUUGGAAAUAGUCAACAAUUAGCCACAAUCAAUUUGUGCUAAGCUAAAAGCUGAUUUGUACAGAUACAAAUCUGAGAGAUUUUGAUUGUCAUUGUGAUUGAAAUACCUAUCAGGGUGUCAGGCUCUCACUUUGUACUGGCACAGCAAUGUGUGUGCGUGCGCGUGCGUGUGCUACAUUUCACUACCACUAAUUAUUAGAUAUCGUUUCAUCAUUUACAUGUAUUAUUUUUUAAGAACAAUGUUCUGUGUUAUUUAUCAGUGGAAAAUGUCACAAUAACAGAACCUCAGGACACUUUUACCACUACUAAACCCUGGAAACCUGUGCUAUAUGUUAUGUAGUCAUAUUGUCUUACAAAUCAAAAUGUUGUAUUUUCUCAAAGGGUAGGAACAACAGUUUUACCUUUGGCUACAGAAGCAUUGAGCAUUGAGCAUUACACAGUAUUGUAAUUGAAGUGCCAGUGUGUGCUGGUGUGAAUCACUAACAGGAAAACAUUACCACUGCACAAUUAUAAUGUUCACAAAGCCUUGUUGGAGCAAGGUUCUGGUGUAAGUAAACAUUCCCGGCAACUACUGUGCACAGACCAGAAAUAAGGAAUCUGACUCAGUAAUGGUUAAAUGAGGUAUCAUUGCUCUGAAAACACUAGAGAGGGGUGAUACUACAGCAGGGAACAAAGUAAUAAUCUCCACUUGCUUUUUAUUUCUGACUUCUCAAACAACUGCAAAAAAGGGUCUAUUGCAGCUGCCCCCCCGAGUACAGGAGCACUGCAUUGUCUGUGUAAUGCUGCUGCAUUGCUAGUCAGGGUAAUUUAGUAAGAGUACAGCUGAUUGCGCAGUUGCCAGGACUUUGUUCACUGUGCAGUUUGUUUGCACAUGCAUUUUCCACUUUAGUUUUGAACACAUGCUUGCAUCAGCCCUAUGCAUGCUUCUCUCUUAAUUUACAGCAAUAGGUGGUUAUUAGUGACACAUUCAAGCUGGAAGAAAGCAGAAACACUGUUUAAAAAAAGCACUGAUGCCAAUAUGAUGAAAAUUGCACUGUAUUGUAUUCUGUAUCUCAAUGUCACAAAAGCUAAAGUAUUCAUUGAUAAGACCUGUGUACAAAAUUUCACCACAG